UCGGCGCGGCCCGGAGCGGCGGGGGCCCGGGCCCUCCCCACCGCCAUGGCGCUGCCGCCGCGCUGAGCCGCCUCCCCCGCCAUGGCCGGGGCCAUCGCGUCCCGCAUGAGCUUCAGCUCGCUGAAGAGAAAGCAACCCAAGACCUUCACGGUGCGCAUCGCCACCAUGGACGCCGAGAUGGAGUUCAGCUGCGAGGUGAAGUGGAAAGGGAAGGACCUGUUCGAUCUAGUAUGCAGGACACUAGGACUCCGAGAAACCUGGUUCUUUGGGCUUCAAUACACUAUCAAGGAUACGGUGGCUUGGCUCAAAAUGGACAAGAAGGUGCUGGAUCAUGAUGUUCCGACAGAGGAGCCUGUCACCUUUCACUUCCUGGCCAAAUUUUAUCCUGAGAAUGCAGAGGAGGAGCUGGUCCAGGAAAUCACACAGCACUUGUUCUUCCUGCAGGUGAAGAAGCAGAUUCUGGAUGAGAAGAUCUACUGUCCUCCCGAAGCUUCUGUCCUGCUGGCCUCUUAUGCUGUCCAAGCCAAGUAUGGCGAUUACGAUCCCAAUGUCCACAAGCGAGGCUUCUUGGCGCAGGAGGAGUUGCUUCCAAAGCGGGUAAUAAACCUGUACCAGAUGACUCCAGAGAUGUGGGAGGAAAGGAUAACAGCCUGGUAUGCAGAGCACCGAGGCAGAGCGAGAGAUGAAGCUGAAAUGGAGUAUUUGAAGAUAGCUCAGGACUUGGAGAUGUACGGAGUGAACUAUUUUGCGAUUAGGAACAAAAAGGGCACUGAACUGCUCCUUGGAGUUGACGCCUUGGGUCUUCACAUUUAUGACCCAGACAACAGGUUGACCCCUAAAAUCUCCUUCCCGUGGAACGAGAUCCGGAAUAUCUCAUACAGCGAUAAAGAGUUUACGAUUAAGCCAUUGGACAAAAAGAUUGAUGUUUUUAAAUUCAAUUCAUCAAAGCUGCGUGUGAAUAAGCUGAUUCUUCAGCUGUGUAUUGGAAACCACGACCUCUUCAUGAGGAGGAGAAAGGCAGACUCAUUGGAGGUCCAGCAGAUGAAGGCACAGGCCAGGGAGGAGAAAGCCAGGAAGCAGAUGGAACGGCAGCGCCUGGCCCGAGAGAAGCAAAUGAGAGAAGAAGCUGAGAGGACAAGGGAUGAGCUGGAGAGAAGAUUGAUGCAGUUAAAGGAGGAGGCAACGAUGGCCAACGAGGCUCUGAUGAGGUCUGAAGAGACAGCAGACUUGCUGGCUGAGAAGGCUCAGAUCACGGAGGAGGAGGCCAAGCUCCUGGCUCAGAAAGCAGCUGAGGCUGAACAGGAGAUGCAGCGAAUCAAAGCCACAGCUAUCCGGACGGAGGAGGAGAAGCGGCUGAUGGAACAGAAGGUGCUAGAGGCAGAGAUGUUGGCACUGAAAAUGGCGGAGGAGUCGGAGAGGAGGGCGAAGGAGGCUGAUCAGCUAAAGCAAGACCUUCAGGAGGCUCGUGAGUCUGAGCGGAGAGCAAAGCAGAAGCUUUUGGAGAUCACCAGCAAGUCAUCCUACACAGUACCACUCAUGGCAAGACUAAAGGCAGUCGUCUCUUCUCUGAUCCUCUUGAAGUAGUAAGUGGCUGUCUUGAGCUUGCCCAGAUUCCUGAGCAGCAAAGUAAAGGCAGUGGCAGCAACAGGAGGAGCUCUCCCUGCGGGGGAAGCCUCAUGACAUGACUUGCUCUGUGCUUCCUCUAUCGUCUGUCUCACUUGCUCUGUACUCCAGAGGGAUGACCACUGUCAGCGUGGUGCCUGCCUCUAUUAACUGCAGGAAAUUGCUUUAAUGCAGUAACAGGGUUACGCAGUUUGUUCCAGGUGAGGAAACACAUAAGGGAAAACGUUUGUGUCCCCUUUAUCACCCCAUGUCCCAGUGACACCCCAUGACCCCUGGAUUAAAAAUCUCUGCACCUUGUGCAAGACUUGUCCAGGAUUAUUGCAAAUGGCAGGGAAGUGCUUUGCUCCAGAUAUUAAGCCUGUGCCUUUGAAAGCCCUCAGCAUGCUCUUUCUUUGCUCUUUCCUUACUCUUCCUCACUGCUGCUGCUUUCUGACUUCUCCACCAAUUUUUUUGUUGCUACAUGAAAGAGUAGUGCUGAGGAGAGGCGAGGAAGUGGCUGUAGUAACCCUGACAAAUUGGCGUCUGGGCUUAAUGAUUGCAGCAACUGAAAUUCCUGCUCAACUGUUACUGCUGCUGUUUGGGUUUUUUUUUAAAACAAAAAGCAACAAGCUUGUGCUGAAAAAAAUGCUAAAGGUUGUUUGAAGGCCAGCAGGCUGGUUCUGAUGAUCCUGGCUCCCCCGCACAGCAGAGAUCGUAGAACCUCACGUGGGAAGGGCUUUGUGAACACCUGUGUGCCUUACAGGGAAGGGACUUGAAUGUCAAUGUGAUGCAAGUAUUUAAAUCAGUUAAGUGCUUUGGCAGACCUGUCCCCUUUCCUUCGAGAUUGGAAUUUAGGUACUCAGCUGUCCCUUUCAGCGCCUGUUCCAGAAUUAAUGCGGCUAUGUUCCGCACUAGCAGCGAUCGCAAAGGGGAGUAAGAAAUCGUGUUUCCUUGUCGUGUGAGUCUAACCUACCUGUAAUGCUCCAGCCAGGCCAAGCAAUGCAGUUUCAGGUGCCACCUUGUUUAUGCUUGUACUAGGUGUUUGCGUUCCAGCUUUGCCUCUGCAGGGUAAAUGAAAUGUCGUCCCUCUCAGGUUUGUCCAGCCAAAGAGCAAGCGGGGGACGAGCCCUGGCUGUUUGUGAAUUCCAGGCUGGCAGUGAGGGAAGAGGCAGGUUAUUGUGCAGAGUAAAUCUGUCACUUCCUUGGCGCUAGUGGUUCUUGCUGAAGCGGAGCUAGCUGCAAACAAUCCCUGGAGUAUCCCAAAUAGGAGAAAUGAGGGAAGGAAAUAACCAUUUGAAGCUCAAGAUCUCGUUUGUUGGAGCAGGUACCCUAGAACCAUCCCACCAGCUUUUGGUGUGUGCUGCCAGAGCAGCCUGUCUCUGCAGCACCAUCUCCUGCCAUCCCCCCAGUCCAGGCUGGUUUGGGCAUGUUGUUUUCAUUACAGGAAUCCCUUAAAGCAAGAAGGAGCAUCUAGCAGAGAGGUGGGUGACCUUUUGGAUGCUGCGUUGGAUUUCUUAUAUCCAGAAUGAGGGCUAAGCAUGCUGGCAGCAGUUCUGACUCAGAUCCACACGCACAGUCUGCCAUCUGAAGCCGCUGUGCCACCCUUGAUGUGUGCCGCUGCUUGCAACCUCAUCUAAUGUAUUGCAAGAGCAGAGUGAUGACUUGUGUCAGGAUGCUUUUCCUCUACUGGUAAUGAGCCCAUUUAUUAGAGGUGUGACAGAAUUUUUGACUGAGAGAAUGGUCAUUUUUUUAGGGAAAGAUAAAAUCUGAGGGCCAGGCAGUGUGUGUCAGUGGGGAAUAUCACAGCAUUUUGCAGGAGGAAGAAAGUUCCAAAUCCUUGCUCAGGUGUGAUAUGAGUGAUUCUCUACAUUAUCUCUGCAUUUCCAACUGAAUCUAGCAGUGGUUCCUAAACGCUUGGAACUGUACAUUACUGUGAAGAUGAAAAUGUAUUGGUGCAUCUCCGUGGACCUUGCUGAAAUUGCAACCCAAGUUAACCCUUGGGGUUACGUUGUUCUUUGCUCACGCUUUGGGGAGCGGUGGAGUGCAGGACUCUGCUAUCGUACAGGGACUUGUGUUGCCCCUGUUCACAGCUUGCACUUUUAAAAUUUGAUUUAAUGUUAAAUAGUUGUCAGGUGUCUUCCAAGAGGCAGCUUCUGUCCAACAUUGUUUUAAGUGGCACAGCAGUGGUAAAACCUAGAUUUUACCAAGUUUUGUCAAUAGAUUUUGAAGGCAGGUGGUGUUUUUUCUUCUCUUUACUACUGCAGAGAGCAGGGUCCCAGAAGAGCAAUAGCUCUGAAUUGAAGAGCAAAUUGGGAAUGGAGCAAGGGGAUCUUCAGGCUGAUCUGGUGCUUGGCAUGUUGGGCUUGUUUGUUGCUCUGCUUCUGCAGCACCUUGGAGUGCUUGCCACCCUCUGUGUUAAAAGAUCACCAGCUGCAAAAGAACCUCCUAAUCUGCUGUCCAGAAAGCUUGAGGCUGGUUCAGACAAAUGGGGUUGUGGACUGCGUUGCAUCAGGAAUGCAUGUGUCCCUUCCCUUUCCCCAUGUAAAUGAUGAGAUCCUUCCAGUUUGGCGCCGCUGCAAGGUAGAAUAUACCCAGCUCCAAGAACAGUGUGUUGUUACCUCUGUGAGUAGCAGAUCAGGACCUUAUUACAACAUUAGUAAGUAGCACCUUGAGCUGCAUUUUUAGGUGUUGCUCUGAUUUUACCUCUGUGUUACAGAACGUUUGCUAUAGGAACACUUGUGUGGCCAAAAGUGAUUAAUUUGUACUCUCUCUUACUUUAGCAGUCCAUGAACUCAAGUACAA